CUUAUUCACCAAAAACCCACUCAUUGGUUUCCAUAGAAUCAGUUGAAAACCGAGAAAAUGUGCCAAUAUUUUCAAACCGCGGAAUUAAAACUUCCGAGAACAUUAAAGAAACCAUUAAUUAUCUUUUGAUAAAUCCGGUAUUGUCAAAAAAAAACUUUGAUACCACUUUAGCAUUCCGAGAAAUGAUAUGGUGUGGUAUUCAAAGAAUAUCAUUAAAGGCAUAUUUACGUCCGAGCACUUGUCCUAAAGUUGCUUAUAUUGAAAGCGAUGUUGGACAAUCAGAAUUUACGCCAUCCGGAUCCGUAUCUUUCAACAUAUUGAACUCACCUAUUUUUGGAUCGCCAUUUACUCACAUCCAACAGCCUUAUAGAUCUUAUUAUAUUGGCAGCAAUACUCCUCUUGAUGAUCCCAAUUAUUAUUUGGAUUGUUUACGUGAAUUGGUAAUUGUUUAUCGUUGUGAUAUCGCCUUGGUCCAGACUUUGGCAUGCAUUAUUCUAGAUGUAGACGAAAAUUUUGAAAUAGUCGAUAAAUCAGAAGUAUUACAAGAAAAAGGAAUAAGGAUGCAGCCUCCACGUUAUUUUCCAUCCACCCCAGAUCCAUCUGAAUAUACAUUUUUAGGACUUGCUAUUAUACGGUCUAUAGAUCCAGUUGCUCACACCUUUCAUAUUGUAACACCACUUUCAUAUGUAGAGUUACAGAAAACAAGUCUCAUUAAGAGAGUGUCUUAUAUGAGUUUAGAGGCUAGGGAAGGUGUUGGGAACGCAGCUCAAAGAGUUAAAAGACGAAGUAAAAAUAAAGAAUAA